AGGUCAUGCAUUCGAGGGGUCAUUCACCCUGGACUGGCAGCAAAGGCAUCAGGCCUGGGUGUGUGCUAAGGGCAGAGCUGCCAAAUGGGCCCGUGCUGUUGUGAGCUCUGUAGGUGGAUUGCCUAGCUACAACUGCAUUUCUUGGAAGAGUUCCUGUGAGGAAGAAGAGAAAAACACAGAAACCAGGGCCAUUCCACCGGGCCUGAAGUCCCAGGAAUCCCAGAUCCAGGGCCAGAAAUAUCUCAGUCAGGAGCAGGAACAUGGACCACCGUGCAGAGGAAGCUGCAGCCAGCGCCGAGGUGCCCCAGGAACUGCUGGAAGAAAUGCUCUGGUAUUUUCGUGCAGAAGACGCGGCUCCUUGGAAUUACUCCAUCCUGGUUCUGGCAGUUCUGGUGGUCGGGAUAAGCAUGUUCCUCCUGAGGAGGAGCAUCCUGGCAAACAGAAAUCGAAAGAAGCAGCCACAAGACAAGGAAACACCAGGAGACCUGCAGCUCGGUGACUCCAGAAUGAAAGAGAAUAGCAGUCAGGUCUUCCUGAGAGAGACCCUGAUCUCAGAGAAGCCAGACUCGGCCCCGGGGGAAACUGAGUUGAAAGAGAAAGACUCAUCCCUCGUCUUUCUGCCAGACCCACAGGAAACCGAGAGCUAGGGAGCGUGGCGAGAACACGCUGCCCCGGCCAGACACACGAGGCCUCAAACCCCACCGCGCUGCCUAACUUAUUUUUAGCAGACUCAAUAAACAAACUACAGUCAGA